UUUAAUGCAGGAUUGAUUUAAGGGCAUAAAUCUCGCCGCGAAUCACUCCAUUUCCGGGCUGAAUCUGCUGCUUGCUAGGGACAUGAAGUCCCUAUAAAUUAUAGCUUCAACUUCCCUUUAUUUCUCACUAUUCUUCUCACUUCUGCAGAUAUGGAUUUUAACCUUCGAUGUUCGGAGUCUAUGCCGGACUUCUCUAGGAUCGGAAUGAUGGACGAAGAUGUUCCAGAUGUUCCAAGUAGACGAUCUUCUCCACUUCGCGGCUUUUUCAGAUCUCAGAUCCGAGCUCCAUGCGCUUUGAUCAAGAACCUCCCAGAUAGAGACCGGGAGAUUGCGAUGGCCUUUAUCAAAGUGCUCGCAAUUCAACACAGGAAGCUAUCGCUGGAAAAGAAAAAACUUCGGAAGAAGAUUCAUCGAAUGCAGCGCAGGGUCACUGCGAUAUCAAGGGAUCUUCACAUCCUUAGUUCUCACCCCGGAGAGUGGAUUGAGCUCGGAAUCUCCAAAUUUGCUCGUAUCCCGGAUUGUAUGAUGCCAGUUCUUGAUCUUGCUGGUCAAGGAGUUCAAGUGUGCGAAGAUCGACACUUUGCUCGCAUUGCUCUCUGGGAGGGUUUUCUCCGAAUUUGCUCGCAUUGCUCUCUGGGAGGGUUUUCUUAA